UUUGUUUAGUCAUUAUAACUGUAUUGCUAUGGUAACCGAAACAUGCGAAUAUACUGGCGCAUGGAAGAACCCAGACCAGCGCGUUACCAUUACCAGUUUGCCAAUGUACCAUGCUGCUGGUCUUAAUCGCUCGGUCACCACAGGUGUUACAACAGGUUAUAUUCAAGUUGUUUUGGAAAAAUAUACUGUCGAAAAUCUGUGCGCAGCAAUCGAGCGGUUCAAGAUCAACGACGUACCUACAGCACCACCAAUUCUUUUGCAUUUGCUGAACCACCCUGCUGUCGCAAAAUAUGAUCUGUCUACCUUGAAGUCCUUAAACGUGGGAUCCGCACCAGUUAGUCCUCAGGUUGUCCGAGAUAUCAUGAAAAAAUUCAAUGCUGUUUGCACCCAGGCAUACGGCAUGACAGAAAUUUCGCCUAUUGGCACAAUGCAAACCAAGGAGACAUGCGUUCCUGAAUCUGUUGGUCGGUUGCUCCCGUGUAUGGAAGGAAAAGUGAUUGAUCCUGAAGGGCAGGAUUUACCAUGGGGAUCAGUUGGCGAAAUUUGCUUCAGAGGACCCACAGUAAUGAUUGGUUAUCUUGACGAUCCCGAAUCCACAGAUGCUACGAUCGAUAAGGAUGGUUGGAUACGAACUGGUGAUCAGGGUUUUGUUGACAAGGAUGGUAACUGGUUUAUCCAAGACCGUUUGAAAGAAUUGAUCAAGUACAAGGGUUUCCAAGUUGCGCCUGCCGAGUUGGAAGCACUUCUAUUACAAUGUCCAUUGGUCCUAGAUGCUGCCGUGAUUGGUGUAUACAACGAGCAGCAAGCCACUGAGUUCCCACGCGCAUAUGUUGUAUUGCGCCCAGAAGCUGUAAAUGACAAGGAUGCCCCACAGAAGAUUGUGCAAUGGACACAUGACCGCGUAGCUCAGCAUAAGCGUUUGCGAGGUGGUGUCAAGGUGGUGAAUGAAAUUCCCAAGAGUCCUACUGGCAAAAUCCUGCGAAGAACGGUUAGAGAUAUGGCUCGGAAGGAAGAUGCUUCAGUGCACAUUGGCGCUGCAUCCAAAUUAUAGAGACUUAGAAAACAAACAGCCUUGUAAUAAUGGCUAAACCAAAGAUCCUGUACAUUAUUUGUAAUAAAGAGAAAUUACUUGUC